AUGGCCCUUACCCGCGACUAUUUGGCAUCCCUACCCGCCAGCUUCUUUAAAGCCGGUAUAGUCUCCCACUUCGCGCCGCAUGCUACUUUCACCGUGCAAACCAACCAUAUCACCGUCACUGGUGUUGACAAGAUCCGCAACAUGUUUUCAGCCUUCAUCCAGUCAUCCCAAACAAUGCGCUACGAGAUCACCAACAUCAUUGUCAACGAAGUCAAUCACAGGGUUUCUACCAAGCAGACCUAUGUUAGAGAUAUGAUGGACAGCACGCAGAAUGACAUGCGGAAUUGCAACUUUUUUGAUGUUGAUGGUGAUGGCAAGUUUACCAGGGUGAUGCUUUGGAUGGCGGGAGCGAAUUCCCUAAAGAAUCCUUCUGGGCCUGAUGCAGCCUAA